AUGGAGUACUACAACGCAGAAGACAUCUUACUCAACGAAUCAAAAAUACCAGUCACAUUCAAGCACAAAAUACAGAACUUUGGGUUUCUUGGGGUCAGAUCGAAGAUCCUUCCAGAGAACAGGAAGGUGGAUGUUCCGUAUUUCCUGGUUGACUUUCUCCUGAGAAAUGGCCAUUGUGAGCUAGACAUGGGGGUUUUGCCCGAGUCUCUGCUGUCUGAUAUCAAGGCAAAGCCUUCUGCAGUUGACCUGAGGUCUGUGUGCCCUUACUUCUUCUACUUGUAUUCCACUCUGCUCCGAGAAGAGGUUUCCUUGUCCGAGUUCUUCUAUGAAAGAAUAAGAGAUUAUUCUCCGUUGGUUCUCAAGAAGGCAUUUUCUGAGGACGAUAUAUGGAGGUUGGACAUGACAGAAAGAAACCUUGUUGUGCAUAGUAGAAGGGUAUUCCAGAGAUUCUACUCCUUCCUUGUUGUUGGCCAUAGCAAGGCAACCAGGUGA